UUAUAAUUCUCCGAUAUUAACCUUCAUUAUAAGGUUCUGAACCUGUUUUUCACAGAUUCCAUUCAAUAUGUUAGGUGUUGCUUAAAUAUUCUCUCAUUCUAAAUGAACCAACUCUAUGAGUUCUCAGUUGUAUAGUGCGUUUCAUAUUCAUACUAUCAGUUUUCUCUCGUCAGUUUCCAAUGGUACAUCACGUGUGAAUAAUGUGAGCCGGCACUACGACAAUGAAAUUCCCGUUUUUUCUUAUAACUUUAAGCAUUGUUUUGGUCCGCGGAAAUAUCCAACAGAAAUGCUGUGGUAUCGGAGAACAAAUUGUAGAGAAGGAAUUUCGAUUCAUCUGUGAGAAGUUGAAGAACGGAAGACUGCAAGACAAUUUCGAAGACAGAGAUUUUUUGAAAAGAAACGUGACUGGGACUUGCUUGGAAAUAUUUUCCGAGGAAAAUGUUAUAUUAUUUGGAGUUGACGAAGUUACAGGGACUAUUGAAAAACAAGAGGAGUAUGGAGAAUUUUUCUUCCCGAAAUGUUGCCCCUUGAAUUACCACUACAACAAGACAACACACGGUUGUGCUAAAGUUGUCAGCGACUUUCCCAACAUCUUGAAGAUCGAUUCUUUCGUUCGAGUGGGCCUUCCAGAAUGUGAGAUUAUUUCAGACAAAAUUUUCGAAUCGAUGCAGGCUGUGCAGGUGAAUGGCAAAGAGUUGUUGCUGAAGGAGGAGAAGAAGACCCUUAAGGAAGGUUAUUGCAUGGAUUCCACUUUGGAUGGAAAAUUAGUUGUGAGAAUGUGCGAAGAAGAUACGAGUAUUUGUAGUCAGAUUAGGUGCAUUAGUAAGUGCUGUCCAGAUGGGCAGAGUUUUAUAAAUGGUUCUUUUUGUCGUGAUACAUACACACAUGGAGUGGAUCUUCAUUUUACCAAAGCUAUUCUUGAACCUGAUGAUCCAUUUAUUCUCAUCCAUAAUAAUUUCAAACCAAUACAGCUGCUGUCAGAGCGCAAAUAUGAAAUCCAAUUGGACAGAUCUGGAGUUUUUUCAGCAAGCUAUCGAAACUCUUCCAGUCAGAGCAAAACAUAUAACAUCACUUACUGUGUGGAACACGCUUUCAAAGAGAUUAAUGGCAAAGUGAAAAUAAAUGCAUACCGUAUAUUUGUCAAACCGAAGCAACCUCCUAUUCCCACAAAGAUUCUCAUAACCCGAUAUAUUAAAAUUGUGUCUUGUAUAUUCCUCCUUCUAACGAUAGCUGUGUAUCUUUUAUUACCAAACAUGAGGAAUUUGUUUGGGAAGAUGUUAUUGAACUACUGUGUGUCUACGUUUAUAUUUUUUGCAUCUUUAGCACUUAUUCAGUUUUACCAAUUUCGUGAUACAUCGUGUGAAUUUAUGGGUUUUCUUUCCCUUCUAUCUAGCUUCUGGAGUUUCACAUGGUUACAUCUUAUGUGCAUAGAUAUUUGGUUCUCUUUUGGACCAAGGAUGCUUUAUGCAUCACUUCAAAAGGACGAAAGGAAAAGAUUAGUGCAAUAUAUUUGGAUUGGCUGGGGAUUUCCCAUAUUAUGGGUUACAAUAAUUGCAUUAUUGAGUAAUACGAACAUAAUGCCUGAACCAUUGCAUCCUUUUAUUGGAAAAGGGAAAUGCUUUUUGGAAAAUUCUGAAGGAAGACCAGGAAACUAUUCUUACAUUUUUUAUCUCACUCUACCUCUGCUUGUGCAACAAACCUUCAACAUCGUAUUAUUCGUCAAAGCUAUACUUUAUUGUCUGAGAAUUAAAGCAGAAAUUGGAAGAAUGAAUGACUAUGAAAAAAAGACAAAAAUGAAGAGUUGCAAAGAAAGGUUGAGCUUAAUAAUGAAAUUGGCUAUCAUUAUGGGUGUCUUUUUCAUUUUUGAAACUAUAUCAUCUUUUUAUGAUUUUCGAAAAAACGUUUACACAGAAUACAUAGAAGUUGUAUGGGAUAGCAUCAACUGUUUUCAAGGUGUAUAUAUCUUCAUCAUUUUCAUUUGCAAGAAGAAAGUUUUCUACAACAUCUGUGAAAAAUUUAAAAUUCUUAAAUCUGGAAUAUCUACAGUAGCUUUAAAUACUACGCCACACAUCAGUAUGCACAACAUAAAUGAAUCGGAGAAUACAUAAUGGUGAUCUCAGUUAAUUGUAAUGAUUAUAUUGUAUAUUAUAUUUUUAAAAUGAA